CUCACAGUCCGGGGGGGGGGUUUGGGGUGCGAGUCCCCGUGUAGCUCUGUAUGAAAACCUGGGCCUUCUCCGCGUCAGUUUGGGCCUUUAAACGAGGCAGGUUUUACUUUGGCGCUGUCCUGGUUAGAAUAACACAGUUGAACAAAGCACGCCGGGUGUGGGGAAAACCACGCUCGGAAAAGAACUGGCCUCAAGAACUGGGAUGACCUACAUUAAUGUGGGUGACAUGGCAAAAGAAGGAGAACUGUAUGAAGGUUUUGAUGAGGAAUAUGACUGUCCGAUUUUGGAUGAGGACAGGGUGGUUGAUGAACUAGAAGAUAAAAUGAGUGAGGGUGGAGUUAUUAUUGAUUAUCACGGCUGCGAUUUUUUCCCUGAGCGGUGGUUUAAUAUAGUGUUUGUACUUCGUACAGAAAAUUCAUUUCUGUAUGACAGACUUGAAAGCAGGGGCUACAAAGGGAAAAAGCUGGAAGACAACAUUCAGUGUGAAAUUUUUCAGACGCUUUACGAGGAAGCAAUGUCGUCAUAUAGAGAGGAAAUUGUACACCAGCUACCCAGCAACACUCCAGAAGACCUGGAGAGAAAUUUGGAUCAGAUUAUGCAAUGGAUUGAGCAAUGGAUGAAGGACAACAACUGACACUGGGUGAAAAAGUAACUCUGCUGGAUCGCUUCGUGGGAGGCUUUAAUAAACGACAUACAUUGUUCUUGCACGAUAAAUUGAAAUCAAUUUAACUAACUUGAUAGGGUUGGGGAGUAGAAGGUGGUUCAGAAUGGCCAGGCUGUAAAGCUUUAGAACAGCUUCUGAAGCACUCUGGGACAAAGACACGCAGGAGAACUGACACAGUGGAAAAUCAUCAGCGAAUGAAAGGAUGAAAAUGACACAGCUGACCUUUGCAGCAGGAACUCGGUUCAGUAAUUAAGAAUUUUUUGGAGCUUACAAUUACAACCAAACCUUGCCGCCACAGGAAAAGUGUGCAAUCCUGGUAACUGGUGGCAGUUGAGGCACUUUUGAUUUCUAAAGGCUAAAACAGUGUCCUGAAAAGGAGUUCAUCUCUUCCUGAAUUUUUAGACUAAAACUGGCUGUACUCCCCUGUAUUCCUGAAUAUGUGGGGGGAGUGUAGAGUGAGGGGAGUGUGGUAUAGUUUAAGGAGGGUGCUUUAUUUUGAAACGAAGAGAAUUGACGUGAUAAGAGGUAUUUUAGAAUUAUUAUACUGAAUUUUUGGAAUUAUGAUGUCAAGAAACAUUGACUCUAUUUACACUGGUGUAGAAUAUUAAGCAAUAAGCUUUUUUCCUCCUUUUUUUCUCUUAAUACUCUCCUUCACCCAUCCAAUCGUGGAACACAUUUGUAUAUUUGUCACUCUAAGAGUACCAAGGAAAUACAUCAUUUGUCAGGAUUCCGUAGAAAGCGCUUGCUUAAUAAACUUUUUACAUACACGGGUUUGAAUAGUAAAA